AAAGAAAGAACUCCACUCAGCUCAACACAUACCCUCAAAGAAACACUAUAAAACUCAUGAUUCAAUAUCACUACAAUAUCCAUUAAGACCUUAAUCAUCAUAAUCAAACACAACAUGUCUACUAUCAAAAAGAACACUCCUUUUAUCUUCCCACAGACAAAUUCAACUGUCCUCCCUGACCCCUCCAACUUCUUCUCUCCAAAUUUGCUAUCCACACCCCUCCCUACAAACUCUUUCUUCCAAAACUUUUCUCUCAAAAAUGGUGACCAACCUGAAUACAUUCAUCCUUACCUCAUCAAAUCAUCAAACUCAUCACUUUCUGUCUCAUACCCUUCUCAUUUUUCCAAUUCAUCUUUCAUAUACCAAGUUUUCAAUGCUGAUCUCACCAUAACUUCCUUAGAACAAAAAACCAAUCAAACUUCCAAUGAAAAACACAUAAUAUCUUCUUAUAGUGAUCUUAGUGUCACCUUAGAUAUCCCUUCAUCAAAUCUAAGUUUCUUUCUUGUUAGAGGAAGUCCUUAUUUAACUUUUUCUGUAACAAAACCAACACCUCUUUCCAUUUCCACCAUUCAUGCCAUUGAAUUCUUAGUCCCUACAGAUCCAUCCAUUACCAGGUACACCUUUCAGCUUAACAAUGGUCAAACAUGGCUUUUAUAUGCUUCCUCGCCGAUCAAGUUGAGCCAUGAUCUUUCUGAGAUCACCUGUGAGCCUUUUUCUGGUGUAAUUCGGAUCGCUUUGUUGCCGAAUAACGAUCGUAAAAUUGAAGAUGUUCUUGAGAAGUAUAGUUCUUGUUACCCUUUAUCAGGUGAUGCUUUUCUUAGAGAACCAUUUUGCGUUGAGUAUAAAUGGCAGAAGAAUGGUUCAAGUGAUUUGCUACUAUUAGCACACCCUCUUCAUGUUAAGCUUUUGUCUAAUAGUGAAAGUGAUGUUACUUUUUUGAAUGAUUUGAAGUAUACAAGCAUUGAUGGUGAUCUUGUUGGUGUUGUUGGUGAUUCAUGGAUUUUGAAAACAGAACCUGUUUCAAUAACUUGGCACUCAAGCAAAGGUGUAAAAGAAGAAUCGCAUGACGAAAUUGUUUCAUCGCUUUCGAAAGAUGUUGAAGGUUUAAACUCAUCAGCAAUAACAACAACAUCAUCAUAUUUUUAUGGAAAAUUGAUUGCAAGAGCAGCUAGGCUUGCAUUGAUUGCUGAAGAAGUUUUUUUCUUUGAUGCCAUUCAAAAAGUUAGGAACUUUUUGAAGGAAACAAUUGAACCAUGGCUUGAAGGAACUUUCAAUGGAAAUGGAUUUCUAUAUGAUAGAAAAUGGGGUGGCAUUAUAACUCAACAAGGGUCUAAUGAUAGUAAUGGCGAUUUCGGUUUCGGAAUUUACAAUGAUCAUCAUUAUCAUUUAGGAUAUUUUCUUUAUGCAAUUGCUGUUCUUGUUAAGAUUGAUCCAACAUGGGGUAGGAAGUAUAAAACUCAAGCUUAUUCACUUAUGGAAGAUUUUAUGAACUUGAACAUAAGAUUAAACUCGAAUUAUACGCGGUUAAGGUGUUUCGAUCUUUACAAGUUACAUUCUUGGGCUGGAGGGUUAACUGAGUUUUCUGAUGGAAGGAAUCAAGAGAGUACUAGUGAAGCUGUGAAUGCAUACUAUGCUGCAGCAUUGAUGGGAAUGGCAUAUGGUGAUGCUUCACUUGUGAGCAUUGGAUCAACCUUAACAUCAUUGGAAAUUCUUGGAACAAAAAUGUGGUGGCAUGUGAAAAAGGAAGGGAAAUUGUAUGAAGAAGAGUUUACAAAAGAGAAUAGGAUAAUGGGAGUUUUGUGGUCUAAUAAGAGAGAUAGUGGACUUUGGUUUGCAGCGGCUGAGUCUAGAGAAGCUAGGCUUGGAAUUCAGCUUAUACCAUUGAGUCCAAUUUCUGAAGUUUUGUUUUCUGAUGUUAGUUAUGUGAAGGAUCUUGUGGAGUGGACUUUGCCUGCUUUGAAUAGGGAAGGUGUUGGUGAAGGAUGGAAGGGUUUUUUGUACUCAUUGCAAGGUGUUUAUGAUAAUCAAGGUGCAUUGGAGAAGAUAAGAAAUUUGAAUGGUUUUGAUGGUGGUAACUCUUUGACUAAUCUUUUGUGGUGGAUUCAUAGCAGAGGUGAAGAUGGUGAUGAUGAGUAAAGUUAUUUUCACAAUUUCAUUUCAUGCAUUGUAUCUUACUUGGAUUUGGAUUGGGUGCAUACAGAGUCACAUGCGUCAGAUGGUCCAAAGUUUAAAUGUCUAGUCUUGAUCAGACGGUUAAGAUAUGCGUGACUGCAUGCAAAUACGUGGUUGUGACCGUUCAUCAACUAAAUAUAUCUUACUUCGGUUUUUUAUUUUUCAAAUUAUGUUUGAUUAUAAUAAUUCAUGAUAUGAAUGAAUAAUAGUUGUGAACCUUUCAUUCAUAUUUGGUACAUGAUGACUUUUGCAUUCAUUUCUUUUGCCAGUUGUUUGUGUAGAGCAUGAUGAGUUUGUGAAGAUAAGGUGUAAGAGUAACAAGUUGUAGCCACCUUUGACUUUUCUUAUGCC